GAAGCAAUGGAAACAGUGGGACCGUAAUUGGUAAUACACCGCCUUCACUGCUUGCACGAGUUUAUCUCCAUUUAAAACAACCUCCUCAAGAGACGAGCAAAUUAGAAACUACAGUAUAACCUUCCGAUGGAUGAUGAUGACUGUCCAGAGCUGGUUCCUAUUGAGGAGAAGAACACGACACCUGCAGCUCAGAUCCCUGUCACCAUCAUCACCGGUUACCUGGGUGCUGGGAAGACAACGCUCUUGAAUUACAUACUGACUGAGCAGCAUAACAAAAGAAUAGCAGUUAUACUCAAUGAGUUUGGUGAAGGCAAUGCUCUGGAGAAGUCCUUGGCAGUGAGCCAGGCAGGAGAGCUGUAUGAAGAGUGGCUGGAACUCAGGAAUGGCUGUCUUUGCUGCUCAGUGAAGGAUAAUGGCCUGAAAGCGAUUGAAAAUCUGAUGGAAAAGAAAGGGAAGUUCGACUACAUUCUUCUUGAGACAACUGGUCUGGCAGAUCCAGGAGCAGUUGCCUCAAUGUUCUGGGUUGAUGCUGAAUUAGGAAGUGAUCUUUACCUGGACGGCAUUAUUACAGUUAUUGAUGCGAAAUACGGAUUGCAGCAUCUGACUGAAGAGAAACCAGGAGGCUUGAUAAAUGAAGCUGUAAGGCAGAUAGCCCUUGCUGAUCUGACAAUUAUUAAUAAAACGGAUCUGGUGAACGAGGCUGAGCUCGAUGAGCUUCGAGACACGGUCAGGUCUAUUAAUGGCCUCGUCAGGAUGCUGGAAACACAAAGGUCUAGGGUUGACUUAUCUCAGGUGUUGGAUCUGCAUUCUUUCGAUACCAAAGAUACUGUGAGGCUGGCGGAGAAACUACAGCUAAUGAAAACAACACACUCGCAUCUAGACAAGACUAUAUUGACAGUUACGUUUGAAGUACCUGGAAGUGUCUGGGAGGACCCUUUAAAUGUGUUUAUUCAGGACCUUUUAUGGGAAAAGACGUUUAAGAACAAAGCAGGACUGCCUAUGAAUGUCAUUCGCUUAAAGGGCAUCUUGUCUCUGCAUGGUAAGCAGAAGAAGGCAAUGCUGCAGGGCGUUCAUGAGCUUUACGAGCUGGAUGAAACGCCUGAGGCCUGGACAGAUGGCGAGCCCAGGAUCAAUCGACUGGUCUUCAUCGGUCGGCAUCUGGAUGGAGACCUUUUAAAGAAAGAGUUCCUCUCUUUAGUCUCCACUGGAGAGGAUUGAUGGAAUAGAGGCAUCAUAAAGUAGGAGUGGGGAUCUAGGCCAUCCAUAUCCUAUUUCAUAUGAUUAUAGACAAAAUAAAGCUGACCACAGACCAGCACUACUAUUCUAAGAUAAGCAGACUGUAAUUUCAAAUUUUUCCAGUAAUAGAUUAUGGUGCCUGCACAGUCGUUUGCAUUCCCAUCCUUGGUGCUCAUGACUAUGACUGUGACGUUAAGGUACUCGUGUCAGAAAGCUGCAAAGGACAUUGUAUUAGUGAGCUCUUGAGUGGUUACAAGAGUAUUUGUAGUCUGUAAAGUUGUAUCUUUUAAGAUGCUUGGUUUGGGAUGUAAAAGAAAGCUACACUCAGCAUUACCCAAUGCUUCACUUUAGAAAAAUGGUCCUUCAAGGAUUCUUAGGUGAGUUAUGGGUUGCAGUGGCUAAAAAUAUUCAUGGAGCCCUCUCUUAUGGAGAACCUACGAGUUCUAUAUUCAACCUUUAUUUCUGAGAGAGAACUUGCACCUAUCACUUUUCACCAAUUUGCAAUGGACUGAUACCUUUGCAAACAACUGCUGGUUUUUCUUGUUUGUUUUUUUUUUUAAUUAUUAAUUGCUAGCUUGUUGACAUUCGUGUUGAUGAGCAAAUUUUAAUUAUUGGAAAUUACUGGGUUUAAUGGUUGUUUAACUAUAAAGGCAUUAAUUAAAUAAAUAAUGUUUUCUAUGAAAUUGAUUCUGUUCAUCAGAGUAACUCAAGCCCCCUAUGAUGCUUCAUUUUAUAUAAUAUUAAUAACAACUAUGAUGAUGAUGAUGAUGAUGAUUUAUUAUUAUUAUUAUUGUUAUUAUUAUUAUGUACUUAAACACAAGUAAAUGUAAUUAUUUUUGAGUGAAACUAAUUAACCCAACAGCAAUUUAGAAAAAAAUUAAUAAAUCACAAGAAAAACCUAAAGUUGAUAGUCUUGUGAUUUGGUGUGGGGUUUUUUUGUUUGUUUGUUUGUUUUGUUGUUGUUUUGUUUUUUUGUAUGCUGCUUCAUGUGAGAUUCUCCAUUACUUGAAGCACCCAGUAUUGUAAUGCUGUAAAGUGGCAAAGUCUCACUAUGCUACGAAAAAAAAAACGUGCAAGUGUGAAUAAAUGAAUAUGAAUAUAAUAAUGCAUUUGAAUAUAA